AUGGGCCACCCUCCUCCGACGUUUAUCAAGCUCAACAACCAGCCAAAGAACCGCGUUGCCCUAGUGGUAACAGUAUAUGGCCAGCAAAUUGUCUCCUCGCGUCCAGAAAGCACCUACAAGGCAGCCAAGACUGCUUUGGCUAGAAAGGCUACACAUUAUCUCAGUGGUAGUCAGACUACUAUGCCACAAAUUGUAUUUGAUGCUGGCAAUGCAAUUUUCGGAAACAAUGGGCAAAGCAUCAGUAAUGCAAGCGCCUUACAACAUCAAGCGGCCAAUUUGGCUGUAAGUGGACCACGAUACCAAUUCUCACGUAUCACCGAUAAACUGAUGGCAAAACGGCCGGCCUCUCACAACGCCCUCAGCACCGAUGACCAAUUAUAUCUCGAAAAGCACUUCAGACGUCAAAUAGUAAGUCAGCUGGGCAGAGCUACUGGUGUUCAGGUGACAGCAGCGGCCGACCUCAUGGCUGAUAUCAUUCUGAGGCGACCUGAAGGACAAACAACGGAGUGGCAUGGAGCGAUGAGGGUCUUCACGGAGAGAUUGGCCCAAAGACUGAACGAGGGCAGUGGCUAG